ACCUCUGGGCGCGCCCCAGAGCAGAGCUGCCCCUCCCCUCCAGGAAACCUCUGGGCGCGCCCCAGAGCAGAGCUGCCCCUCCCUUCGGAGGGUCUCUAGGCGCACACUUAUGAUGUCACUGCGACCGGCCAAUCCUGUAACACCUUAGCACUCUCCCUCAGCAUUCUCCGGUAUGCUAAUUGUCCCUCCGAACCAACCAAUCCCGUGCCACCUCUGCAUUUUAUACCAGCACUCUCCACCAGCAUUCUUCGCCAGCAUUCUCCCAUAUGCUAACGGUCCCUCUGAACUGACCAAUCCUAUGCAUGCGUUAGGAAUAUGCUAAUUCGUUGCCUAUAUAACCUGUGUAAAACUGCCGCUCAAUGCUCCUCACUGCCUGAGGUGGGGGGCCCGUUUGUGCAAACGUACAAUAAAUACCUCAUGCUUUUUGCAUCAGCUGGUUUGGAGUCUGGGUUUUUGGGCGUCCUCUCGAGCAAGUGGGCAUCUCUGCAACUGAGAGGUCCAACAUUUUUGGCGCCCAACGUGGGGCUCGAGGUCGCCCUCAGACCCAUUCUCUGCGGACCAGUUGGAGGUAUAAUUAAGUGUUUUCUGUCUGUUGUUGUCUUCGUCUUGAGUAUUCUGACUGGCCAGUAUCUGACCUGACUCUGUGGGACCAGUGGGGGAGGCAGGCGUGCCCAGCAACCCUUGGCCCGUUACCCGGAGGACGCUCCGGGUUAUGAGGGGAAACCCUCGGUCUGUUCCCCCGGAAGACGCACUCGGGGUGGUCUGGAGGUGGGUCGGAGACUAAGUCUCCCUCCUUCCCGGGGAGGGCUGGUCAGGCAGCCGCUCCCAAAAAUAGCGCAAUAGCGUUCGAUUUGUCCUAGCCAUGUGUUUUGUCUUGCUUACUGUAUAUGUCUGUGCAAUGGUUGUUCUUUUUGUUUGGGCUGAAAUCCUUAUACGCAAGGGUCAACAAAUAACCACCCCUUUAAGUCUCACUCUAGAUCACUGGAAGGACGUUCGAGAACGCGCGCGCCACCUCUCAGUGGAGGUUAAAAAGAAACAAUGGGCAAGAUUCUGUUCCUCAGAGUGGCCGGCCUUCGAGGUCGGCUGGCCAAGGAACGGCACUUUUAACCUCGAUAUUAUUUUACAGAUUAAGGAGCGCGUCUUUCGGCCAGGAUCCGAUGGACACCCUGAUCAGGUGGCCUACAUUACCACGUGGGAGGAUCUUUCACGUAACCCCCCUCCCUGGAUAGAACCCUUCUUCCCGACGGAGCCCAUACGGACCCCGAUACCCCCUCCUCCUAUCCCGGUUGUACCAACCUCCUCCCUAUUCCCUCUGAAGGAGAUUCGAGGUCCAAAACCUGACAAGCCACCGGUUCUUCCGGCUGAUCAGGACUUUCUGCUCCUUGACUCUCCCCCACCCUAUCUUCCCAGCCAACCUGCUCCCCCGCAGGAACCCCCACUACAACCAGAGCGGGAUGUGCAGCCUUCUGCACCAUCCCCUGAUUCCACGAGGGAAGGGGAAGAAGUCUCAGCGCCUUCCCCGCCCUCCAGCCGCCUGCGCCUCCGUCGGGGGCAGGCAGGGGGCUCGGGAAGCGUCUGGACUUCGCAGGCUUUUCCUCUUCGCUCGGUGGCUGGCCAGAUGCAGUACUGGCCAUUCUCUGCUUCCGAUCUUUACAAUUGGAAAACCCAUAACCCCUCUUUCUCUCAAGACCCCCAGGCUCUGACUGGGCUGAUCGAGUCAAUUUUAUUGACUCAUCAGCCCACCUGGGAUGAUUGUCAGCAGCUUCUGCAGACCCUCCUCACCACUGAGGAAAAGCAGCGCGUCUACCUCGAGGCACGGAAAAACGUCCCUGGAGCAGAUGGCCGACCGACCCUACUGCCAAACGAAAUCGAGGAGGCGUUUCCCUUAACCCGUCCUGAUUGGGACUACACCACCGUUGCUGGAGCGGAGAUGGACCUUGUUCUCGGAGCGGCAGAUUACUACUUCUUCACGCCGUAUGUCUAUCCAGCCGCAUGGCCAGAGGAUGACAUCUUCCGGCAAACGAUCAGUCUCCUCAUUGUAACCAACCUUGGCGCUUACAUCCUGUAUUUCUUCUGUGCAACCCUGAGCUACUACUUUGUCUUUGAUCAUGCAUUAAUGAAGCAUCCACAAUUUUUAAAGAAUCAAGUCUACCGGGAGAUUAAGUUUACGGUCCAGUCAUUGCCAUGGAUAAGUAUUCCCACUGUUUCAUUGUUCCUGCUGGAGCUAAGAGGUUACAGCAAGUUGUAUGAUGACAUAGGAGAGUUCCCGAAUGGCUGGAUUCAGCUCAUUUUCAGUGUGAUUUCCUUCCUCUUUUUCACUGACAUGCUUAUCUACUGGAUUCACAGAGGCCUUCAUCACAGACUGGUGUAUAAGCGCAUACAUAAGCCUCAUCACAUCUGGAAGAUUCCCACUCCAUUCGCAAGUCACGCGUUUCACCCUGUGGAUGGCUUCCUUCAGAGUCUGCCUUAUCACAUCUACCCUUUUGUCUUUCCAUUACACAAGGUGGUUUAUUUGGGCUUGUACGUCUUGGUUAACAUCUGGACGAUUUCCAUUCAUGAUGGGGAUUUUCGCGUCCCCCACGUGUUAAAGCCAUUUAUUAAUGGCUCAGCUCACCACACAGACCAUCACAUGUUCUUUGACUACAACUAUGGACAGUAUUUCACUUUGUGGGAUAGAAUUGGAGGCUCGUUCAAAAAUCCUUCCUCUUUCGAGGGGAAGGGGCCUCUGAAUUACGUGAGGAAGAUGACCGAAGAACAGUGCAACAGCCAUGCAGAAAACGAUCCUAAGAAUGACAAACUAUCCAAUGGAGAGUUUACCAAGACUGAAUAGAUUAUUGUCCAGUUCUUCUUAGAUAUUUUUAAUAAUGAAAAGUAACCUUCGUACAGCCAAGCUACAUAGCAAGUGAGUGGUGUCGUUUGAGAAUGAGCAGUGUGGGUGUUGCUGAGCAGUGGUCAUUGAUGGUAGACCCAGGGAAGAUGCUGUGAGCACCAGGAUUCUAAUCUCACUUAGCAUACCCCAUGUGGGUCCCCGGGACGACUGGUCUUUUCAGCCCACAGAGCUGUGAUUUGUACAGCCUCAGCAACAAUUUUAAACAAGCUAAAGAGUAAACAACUGGCCGGCGCUGUGGCUCAACAGGCUAAUCCUCCGCCUUGCGGCGCCGGCACACCGGGUUCUAGUCCCAGUCGGGGUGCCGGAUUCUAUCCCGGUUGCCCCUCUUCCAGGCCAGCUCUCUGCUGUGGCCCGGGAAGGCAGUGGAGGAUGGCCCAAGUGUUUGGGCCCUGCACCUGCAUGGGAGACCAGGAGAAGCACCUGGCUCCUGGCUUUGGAUCAGCUAGAUGCGCCGGCCGCAGCGGCCAUUGGAGGGUGAACCAACAGCAAAAAGGAAGACCUUUCUCUCUGUCUCUCUCUCACUAUCCACUCUGCCUGUCAAAAAAAAAAAAAAAAGAGUAAACAACUGAGGGGACAGGCUGAGUUCUUUUGCCUUAAUCCUCCCAUGUUCUUUAAGACAAAUUCUUUGUGCUUAAUAAUACCAAGACUAAGCACUGUAACAAGAAAUACUAAUGUCAAGAUGGUUCCUUCCUUCAGGAAUGGUUCAUUCUUCAGUGUUAGCAUGAUAAUGAUUGUAGUAUUUUGUUCAGCUGGAAACAUCUGUGUGAGAAACAAGUUCUGAAUUACUGGCUGUGUAAAUGAACUAGGUAAUAGCAGGUGUGUGACAAGAGUGCCUCUUCCUACACAUAGGCUCUUUCUCUGGGAAUAUUACCAAGUAUUCUGUUUUACUGAUGAAUACAUAAAUGUGAAUUGUAAAAAAUACCAAUACUACCAUCACUUAAUCCAGAGCUGGGAUUAUGUAACUAAGAUUUUGAUGGUUACUCUUUGCAACCAUUAUUUAAUAAGUGUAAAAAAUGUGUGCAUCUGACUAUAUUUAGAAAGGGAAGUUUUGAUGCCCAGGUAUUAUAUUUGGCACAACCGAUUUUUUAAUUAAAUUGAUGCACUGCACUUUUGAUAUGUUUUGAAGUUACAAACUUGUAUUUUUUUAUGAAAGGAAAUUAUUGCCAAAUAUAUAUGCCUAUCACUGAAGGUUUGUUUUAAAAUCUUACUGUUGCUUCAUUUUUCUCCACUUCCUCAGCAAAUAUACUUUCCUAAAGGAAUGUGUAUUGUAGCAUAAAUAUUGGGAAAACAGGGUUUGUAAAGGCAUUCUAUAAAUUAUUUAUGUAAAAAUCAAUAAAAGCCGAUCAUGAUUAUUAAA